AUGGCAGUAGUAAAGGAGGUAAAUGAUGGUGUGACUUUCGUAGGGCUGACCAUAGGCCAAAGAUGUACACUGGUGGCCUAUGUAUUUCCAGGAAGGAUUCAGACUCCAAUAGCAAGCAGAAGACUGCUCUGUGCUCGCCAGUGUAGUAUCCCCAGGUCUCCAGCUGUAAGUGUAGCUUCUUUUGAGGAAGAGAGCCUUGGGGGAGCGAGUCCUUCCCCGACACCAUCCAGUGAAUGGGAAGAGACCCCGUUGAUCUUCACUGUUAAACGAGAAAUUAAUAUGGGAGCCAGAGGAGCACCCAAGCAGGCCUGGAGCAAUUCCUUCCUGGAACAGUGAAUAAUAAAAAAGUCUAUUCAAGCCCACUCAGCCAAUCCUAUGCACCUGGAGGAUGCAGGCACCCACAUCAACAGGCACGUGAGACUUCAGCCCUCUCGCAAUUCCAAGGGAGAGUCUGUCCCAUCUGGUCUCACCCUGAGGCCUCACACUGCCAUGGACCUCCGCAGGAGGAGCCAGACCCCCUUUGCCGCGUCCAGGGUCUCCAGGAGUUCCUCAGAGCUCGAGCUGGAGGAGAGGAUGGCAGCCACAGGAGGCACCCUGGCAAACCCAGAUUCCCAAAGCCGGCUCCCCGGUGUGCCAGGAAAUACAGUUGGAAGAGGCUCAGUUGCCGUGGCACCAGAGAUGCUCCCCAAGCAUCCGCAUCCCCAGGGGAAAGGGGGGCCUGAGGCAGAUGCCUCCCUCCAUGGCAAUCUGGCAAGAGCGCCCCUUCCUGUGCUUGUGGGUGCUCCCACCCAUCUCCCCUCAAAGAGGUUAAUCAAGGUUUGCUCUUCCCUGUCCCGCACACCCCAGCAGUUCCAUACGGUUUGUUCACAGGCCCCUCCUAGGCCGGGGGUGAAUGCUCACUUACACUGA